UCGCGCAUUGCAACAAUGGUUGUUCAUUGGGAUGUAAAUGCCUUUGAGGAGGAGAUAUCGCACAACAAUAAAAAACACGGAGAAAAAUUCACAAGUAGCAAAAUGGACAGCAGAAUAUUUUUCUCAAGACAUUCUAUCAGUUUUCUAUGUAAACCAAGACCCCGUAGACCAUUAGAAGGAUAUGUGCGUCGUUCGAGUUCUGUACAAUAUGAACCAUGGAAAAUGCAAAAUUUUCAUAAGAUGUACAUGCAACCUGUAUCACAAACUAAAUGUGAGAAAUCUUCUAAAAAUAAAGAAUCAUCAACGGAAAACUCUUUGGACUAA